AUGAAUACUUUUGAGUCAUCGGCGACGACUCCGACAGGUCCUCGCGACUCUGGGGAAGCCCAAGAUAUCCACGAUUCCUCGUCACGUUCGCCCACCCAUGUAGAUUCGGCCCUGUCAUCUUCCUUUGGCAGCAGCCGGUCCCACUCAAGCUUUUCGUCCCGGAAGUAUGCUGGGACCCCACGGUCUCACAGACAUCAGUCCAACGAGUCUACCGCCGUCUUUGAUGAGGCUGGUGCCUCGACGCGUAACUACGGGGCCACACAAGCGCCCAAUUUGUCUAGCGCGGCGUCCGGGCCAACAAGCAAUGAUAAGCAGAGCGCUCCAGUGCCUGAUAACGGCAAUAACGGCGGCAACUGUUCAUGUUCACAUCAACAUAACCAACACGACGAACCACAUCAAUCUCGAUAUAGCCGAUUUGUAGAUCGGUUCGGGGCUCUCGAGCUCGAGAACAAGGGCAGCGUUGCCCGCGAUCACCUAGCCUUAGAGCGGACCUUUUUAGCUUGGAUGCGCACAUCCCUUGCCUUCGCUUCCAUCGGUAUCGCCGUCACCCAGCUCUUCCGUCUCAAUAACACGGCAGCCACUAAAAAUGCAUUCGGUCUUGAUGUUACAUCUCCAGGACACCCCGAUAUACUCCCUUCUCAAUUCUCCUCAUCUUCUAUUCAUGUCACCUCGGCAUCCUCUCGCCUCCGCAGUGUCGGCAAACCCCUCGGCUCCACGUUCAUCGGUGUCUCUAUUCUCAUCCUCAUAAUAGGCUUCCACCGCUACUUUGAAAGCCAGUACUGGAUUGUCCGUGGCAAGUUUCCUGCGAGUCGAGGAAGUAUUGCUUUGACCGCAUUUGUCGCGGCGGCGCUGAUCAUUGCGGCGUUGGCGGUUAUUCUGGCUGUUUCUCCUGGAGCUAUUGAGUCGUAG